AUUCUAAAUAUUAUGUGAAUAUAUCUGAAGAUGAGUAUAAAGAACCAGAAGAUAGUGAGGAUUAUUCCAAAGAAGAGAAAAAAAAACUUGAAGAAAAUGAGGAUUGUUUUGAAGAACCUGAAGAUAAUGAGGAUAAUGAUGAAGAUAGUUCUGAAGAACCUAAAGAUGAUGAAGAUAGUUCCAAAGAACCUGAAGAUAAUGAGAAUAGUUUUGAAGAACCUGAGGAUAGUUUUGAAGAAGAGCCAGAUGAAGUUGUGAAAUUAAAGAUAUGCAAGAAAGAUACAAAGAAAAAUACAAAAAGAGAAUGA